AACCCUAGUACAGCACCUCCUCGUCCUCCUCCUCCACCAAAACAUUCGGUCCGGUGGUGUUGACACACUAAAAAAGCUUAUCAGUUUGGAAGAGCAUCUGUUUUUAGUUUAGCCUCUUCCUUCUUUUUUCUUUUUGUAGUGCCACUUGGGUAGUGGCGCCUCAUGGCUUCACUCACGACCCACUUGUACACUUAAUUUCACCUUAAUUCCGUCUUUCACAAGCAGCGUUCGCGGUUCACCUGCAUGGAUGGAAUAUUCCAUUUUAACGGGAAAGAGAGGGGGUGUGGACGGACUCUGUAUUUCUUUGUAAUUUAUUGUGUUGUCUUUGUUUCCAUUUUAAACAUACAAGAAUCACCAUUUAUGAACGCACUGUGAAUUAUCUGUGAAUUACUGUCCAAAGGGCCCCAAUUACCAGCUGUAGGCCUAUGGAAAGUUUGCAGCUAGUCAGGGGGCCCCUACAGUGGGCUGCAGUGGGAGGGGCCCAAGGCAGUUGCCUAGCAAUGCCUCUAUGCAAAGACUGCCUCUGCACAAGACAACAACAAAUUACACGCUUUUAUGGUGAUAAUAAAAACUAUAAAAUCUAUUCAUCCCAUCCUAACAUUUUACGUACUUUUACUAUCACACUGAAGCAAAUAUGCAGUUUCUACAGGAACGCACUUUCUGAGAAAUCAGCAGUGAUAGAGAAUGGAGAGAUCAGAUUAAAUGGAAAAGGAAAAAAGAUCCGGAAGCCCAGAACCAUUUACUCCAGCUUCCAGCUGCAGGCGCUCAACCAGCGCUUCCAGCAGACACAGUACCUCGCCCUGCCGGAGAGAGCAGACCUAGCAGCUAAACUGGGGCUAACGCAGACGCAGGUGAAGAUAUGGUUUCAGAACAAACGGUCCAAAUACAAAAAGAUAAUGAAACAUGGCUCAGGUGGACAUGAAGGAGAACACCUUCAAGCAGCUGCAGCUUCAGGAACUCAGUGUUCACCAGCCAUGCCUCCAUUAUGGGACGUUUCAAUGCCAAACAAUGGUGCCCCCAUCCACACUGGAGGAUAUAUGAACUCUUUUGGGCACUGGUACCCAAGCCAUCAUCAGGACUCUGUUUGGCCUGAACUCAAAUGAUUUGUGGGAUGAGCAAAACUUCUUAUUCAUAUUCAGAUGUUCUUCUGAAUAUGGAUUUUCUAAAAUGCAUGUUUUGAAUAAAAUUCUGAUUCUGA